GGUGUUAACUACACCUCUGCGGAAACUAUUAAUACAUUCGACUUUAUCGGACAGCACGGACAUAAGAUACGUUUUAGUCACCGGGCACGAAUAACCUCAAGUCUAUUAUUAUUUUUGUUCCGACCUAAUCGUAUUGCUCGUGAUAGUUAAAUGUUCCAACUUUACGCAUGGAGAAUAGGCUAGCGAAUAUCAGGUGAGGCGCAUGUAGAGGACUAGCCUACACCUAGACGGAUGGGAACGGUAUUUCCUGAAUAGUAAAUGCUGCCGUUAUUCUCCAUCCAUCCACAGCAAGACACUUGUUGAUUUGAAUAGACUUCAUCACAGCAGACUGCUGCUUGGGAAUACUAUUUAGCUUUUGUGGGAGACCUGCCUCUACAAAUGGAUCGGGGCUCUUCGGGAGGGUGUCAUUUGUUUUACCCGGGCUGUGUGACAGAGAGGCGGCUACAGAUGGCGAUGAUCCUCGGCUUUUAACAGGUGGACCGCCUGGCAGCAGCAGCAUCAUUCUCGCAUCCCUUUCUGCUACCAGGGAGGAGGCAUGGGCAACCAGGUGGAUAAAAUUAAACUGUCACAUCAAAGUUACGCAGAAGUUCCCACAGUGGACCCCAACGGGCUGGACACUGAGGAGGGUCCUCGGAUCGGAGUGUCMUAUAUUUUCUCAACAGAUGACGAGGAACAGGAGGGGGAAAACGGUAACGUAGACGGAGCGGAUAAAGAGCACCACACUGGUACGGAACAUAAACACUACGACAAGAGCAACGAGGUGGAGUGCGCCGUUUACCACCGGGGYGAAUGUAUUUACGAGAAGAGCGUCAAGACCGCGGGCAUGGAAACCUACUCCCCCGAGAUCUUACUAAACAAAUGCAAGGCAGGUGACCUGGUGGAGUUUGUAACAACGGGGCAGUACCCCCACUGGGCGGUGUAUGURGGUGACUUCCAGGUGGUGCACCUGCACAGAGCAGAGAUAAAGAACAGCUUURUGACAGAAGCCAGCCAGGGAAGGAGAUGUAGGAUAGUCAACGAGCUGUAUAAAUUCAAAGCCCUCAGCGCCGAGAUGGUGGUUCAGAACGCUAUGGAACAGGUAGGAGGUAAAGACGGAGAGUUGAGCUGGAGAAAUUCAGAGUGUUUUGCCGCUUGGUGCAGGUUUGGCAAACGGGAGUUCAAAAUGGGUGGGGAGAUCCGGAUAGGAAAACAGCCAUACAGGUUAAAGAUCCUGAUGUCUGAUAAACAGUCUCACAUGCUGGAGUUUCAGUGUUUGGAGGACUUGAUCAUGGAGAAGAGGAGAAGCGACCAGGUGGGAAGGACAUCAGUGGUCCAGGAGCUGGCCAAUCAUUUGAACAGUGUCGGGGAGAUCAAAAGUGGUGAUCCACUCAGUGAUCCAAUAACAGCACAGACUGCACAGUGAUCUAAUGGAUUUGUAGACCUGCUAUAAACAUCAUGAUGGCCCUUGCCUAUCCAAUCACAGACCCCGAUCUAAGUGGAUUUACAAACAACACAUUUCAUUCUACUAUUUUGAUGAAUAGAAUCUAAAUGGCCCAUUCAUGUCUAGUUAUUUGAUUGAUUGGAAGAACAAUAGUUUUAAAGGUUAUUGAUUUGUUCUCUGCCUAUUGAUGUUUCAUAAUGAUUGAUAUGAUAAUAUAUUGUACAUGUUUUCAUGUCUCACCCUGGUAACCAUUAUACGUACAUACCUGUAAGGUUAUGUCAUUCUGAUGAAAACAUGUUGUAGAGCAUAGGUUGAUCAAUCAUCUCGCUUAUUGUACCGUACCAAUAAUUUAA